GCUUUAGUAUAGCAGGUGAUUGUCGAACAGUUCUACUGAGGAGUGAACAGAGUCGAAGCGGCGAUAUCCUGCGAUCGUCAUGGGGACAGAUUACGCCAGUCCAAUAACCCCAGUAACUCCAGGAACAAUUUGGAGCUAUCCAUCUGUCAUAGAAAGUAAAAUAGAAAACAACAUGCAGAAAGAUGAUCUAUCAGAAGAUAAUCAUACUAAAUUGAAAGAUAAGAAAGAAAAGCGUUUAAAAAAGAAAUUAAAAUGGCGCAAAUGUACAGAAAUUGUUAAUUUUAGUUUACCUCCUCGUGACAAUGGUACGCAGGACUGGACUGAAGAAAUGAUAAACGAUUAUGAAAUAUUUAAUAAUGGCCUAGGACUAGUAAGUGAAUCUCUUCCUGAAAAAUCACUAUGUAAAAGUACAGAGAGUGGCUUCUCGCGUCUAACUCAGUUGGUAACUAUUGAAAGUAUCGUAGAAAAUACAUUAGUGAUCAAUGGCACAAGAAGAACAAAGAAACGAAAAAUUCUUAAAGCAUAUCAUCAAGUUAAGACAAAAUAUUGUCAAAAUGUAACCAAUGGUGGUUUACAAAAAGAACUGUUUAUGAAAAGUCGUGUCUAUAAGAUAUUCCAACGUAGAGGCCUAACUCGAGGAUCUGGAGCAAUAGUCAACAACUCGGACAAAUUAUCAUCUAAAGAAAGAAAGAGAGUCGCCUUGUCAAAGUUUCAAGAAAGACUUGAAAGCUCUGAACCACUUAUUUCCAAUACGAGCUAUAGUAAAUCCUCAAAAAAUGCUUCUUAUGAAAGAAAGCAUGCAAUAACGUCUCAAAGAAAUGCCGCUAAUGAUUUAGAUAUUGAAUUAGUUAAUUUAUUAAUGGAAUUGCAAAACCGUGAUAUAAGACCAGAAGAUUAUGAUGUAUUGUUGCGUUUAGAUGAAACAGUUGCACCUAAAACUGUUGAUAAUGCAACAGUCAAAUCUUUCAACACAAUAAUAGUAUCAGAAGAAAUGUUAAAGAAUCAACAAUGUACAAUUUGUAUGGAAGUUUAUGAAAUAGGUCAAACCUGUAAGAAGUUACCAUGCGAACAUGUAUUUCAUGACAAUUGCAUAUCUCAGUGGUUAUUAAACUGUGGUAAAAAUUGCCCAUUAGACGGUUUAGAAGUAUAA